UUGCACAAGUUUCUGUUAUCUAAGAGUGGUUAUAGAUGACGACAGAUGUUGAUUCCCCAGAUAUCACAGGAACUUUGAAUCGAGCAGUGCCAUGGCCAUUGUGUAAUACACAGGAAGAGUUUCAAAACUACAAUAAAGGUCAGGAGAUCAAACUAAGCAUGUUGACAGGUGACUUAUCUCAGCAUGUGCUAUGUGACUCAUGUGUCACAUUAUUAGUGCAUCAUCUUGUAUCGACACAUCGCUAAAUCAUGUGAUUCGUGUCCUCCGCACAUUUAAAAGUCCAACAAGAGCUUGACAAGAGCAGACUCUGAAGAAUGAAAUUUUGUCCACAACAACAUUGACAAAGAAGUUCUGCAGCAUCAUCAGAAACUGAAUGUUACCAGACCUUAUGAUCAGCUACAAACUGGACGACCAAACUCUUUGCUGACUUUGACAAACUGACCACGAAGAGUAAAGAAACAGCGUUUUGAAAAAAAAACAAACAACUUGACUAACUCUUGGCUGUCAAAGACACUGUGGAAAGAUGCCCAUGUACAUUCCCAGGAUUCCUGUCCGUGUGGCUAUCGCAUGCAGUGGGGUGGCUUUGGUGUUCCAGCUCGUGGCUGUCGCCGGAACCGGGUGGCUGAUGUGGGAAGCCAGUGGACAUACAGAAGAGGACGGUUUGUUUCGUGCUUGUUUCGACGGCACAUGUCUUUCAACCACAAAUAAUGUUGAUUGGUUCGUAGCUUGUCAGGCGUUCUCUAUUUUGGCACUGCUAACUAUUUUCUUCAAUGUUGUUGUCGGAGUUCUGCACUUUUUCAGAGAAGAUACAAGCAGGUUGACACUUCCUGCUGUGGCUUUGGGCGCAGCCGCAGCUGUUUGCGUUGCAGUGGAAGUGGGUGUGUACGCGGAUAACACGAAGAACAUUAUCUCUGAUUCAGCUAAUUCAUACGGGUACUGUUUCUUUCUGUCGGUCGAUGCUGGUGUGUUGAGUGUCGUGACCGUCAUUCUUCAGGUCGUGGGAAGAGUCAAAAGCCGUUAGUGAGUCAGACACUAAGGACAUGUGACACAAAUGAGGGAUGUUGUAUAAGACGCACAAUAGUACCAGACAUUACCAGAUGCUGACAAGUUGUCAUCAUAAUGUUUCUUUGGUUGAUAAAAAUUGUUUGAUGUUCUGUUCUCACCAAUGACAACUGCUGUGAUAUAAACUACGUUCACUAUUUUUACAAA